AUGUCAAAAAAUGUUCAAUCUGCCGAAAGUGAGGCAAAGGGUCUUCACAGCUUUCUUUCUCAAUCAUUAUUUUCAAGCAGGUUCAAGAACUACUUUUAUGGAUUUUUUGGUCAGCUUUUUAAAGUGAAUUAUAACAGAAAAACAAAGCCUAAUGUUCAGCUUACUUAUGAAAUUUUCGUCAACGUCAUUUUUACUCUCCAAGUUAUAUCACUUGCAUGAUAUCCAAACAUGAAAGUGAAUGAUUGAAAUUUAUAUAAGCUCCUCUGGCAAUUAAUGGGAUGAGCAAGCUAUGACAGAAUUUGUGCAAAUUUCGGGAUCAUGAAUUUCUGUUUUCAUGGGACAAUUUCUCUAAUUGGAAUGUGUGCUGUAUCAUUCACAAUUUUUGGAUUUUUUAUAUACAUUGAAAAAGAUCCUCCAGCUUAUAUAGCAAUUUUACCUCGUAAAAUUGCCACAUUGCUCACCAAAUUUUGUUUAAUCCCAAGCACUUUGAUUUUAUUAUUGGUAGCCAAAUACUCCAUAAUUAAUGCUCAAACAAUCGAUGAAUAUGGUAGCUUAUCUUCAUCGAUGCUUGAUUACGGUUUUCAAGGAUUUUUGGCUGCUGCUUUGGGUUUAAUAAUUUUGCUAUCAAUUAAUAUAUAUUCAGAAUAUUUUACAUGUGAUAUCCAGCAUUCACACCCAGAAAAAAAUAUAAAAUCAAGGUCAAGCUCUCUUUUAGAUCUACAAAUUAGAAUGUUUUAUAUCGUCACUUGUGUUUCAUUUACUGUUUUUGUAGAGGAAACCAUAUUUCUUCAUCAAUCAGUUUUAUUUUUAUACUCUCUUUUUGUAGUCUACAAAUCGCUAACAACUUUACAAUAUUUUAAUGCUAUUGAAAACAUAAUCAUAAUUUGUAAACUGAGCAUGAUUUGUACAACAUUAUUGUUCUUUAUUCUUGGAGAGAUCUUAAAUAGUGCUACAAUUAUUAUUGUUUUUACAAUUUUUCUGCAACCAGUAAUAUUUUUAUUGACAAUUAAGCUGGUUAGGAGAAAUUAUAAGAACCUUGGAGAUAACAUAGACAUCCCAAAUAAUCAAUUCGAAUUUGAAAAAAAAUUCAGAAAUUUACUAAUUGAUGAAGAGAACGAGGAUAAAUAUCAAGUAUUGGAUUUAUUUAAGAUUUACUGAAAGGCCAAUCGUUUUCAAAAAGACAAGCUUUUUGUAAUAUAG